AUGACCAGUUCGUAUCCCAUCCAGUCUCCUGAAUCUAUUUCGCACAGUACCUCUUCUGCCCUCACUACUCCCAUUUUGCCACUGAAGCGGGCUCGUCUUGCCCUUACUUUACCCGCGGUCACUACGAGGGCAUCACGGGCACCUGCAAACCAUGGUACCGCAUCUAUCAAUGAGAGUGCAGAGUCGAAUACUGCAGCAGCAGUGGCUCAACCAAGGCGAGUGGGUGACAUCGAUCCGGUAGAGCUACAAGAGCUUGUCAAGCUUUUGCAAGAGCGCAAGCAGAUGGAAGGCGGUCUUUUGCCAUCUCCAACACUUCGUUCAUUUCAAUCAGCACGCGAUGCUGCUGCUAGACGCGAAGAGUCUCUAGGCGGUAUUGAGUUUCACAUUGUCCACAAUAGCUUACAUCCUAGCCACCUUAUGGGGCCUAUUUAUUCACCUCAGUUAUCAACCGCUCCUAUGAACAUCUCAACUAUUAAUGGAUCUAGUUGCGGUGUAGACACUGCUUGCCCUCAGAUCGAGAUCAACCAUUCUCCUGGGGUUGAGGCCCAGCAUCUUCUUUGGCUAUUGGAACUUCUAAAUGUGUUCGCUUUGCAGUUACCUCGGAUGCCAAAGGAGUACAUCACUCGGCUAGUCUUUGAUCCGUGA